GGCGAAGUGUGGUGUAGUGGGGAAGAUGGCGACGUUGAUCCUCCCUACUGAUUGGAUCAAAAACUGGGAAAAAUCCGGAAAAAAUGAGUUCAUGCAGCUGUGUCAGGAUCUUGCAGGGAAACCCAACAAUGAAGUGUUCCUUAAAGAUCUCCAGACAGCUCUUUAUGAGCUUUGCUGGCAUGUUGUCCACGGUGGUCUCAAGGUUGAUGUGGCUGCCAGCAUUUUGGCUGAUGUUAUGGAACUGCGAGAAGACAUGCCAUCUGUUUUAGCUGAUGUUUUUUGUGUACUAGAUAUUGAGACUGGUUGUCUGGAGGAGAAGCACAAGCGUGACCAUUUUACCCAGCUGGUGGGAGCAUGUUUGUUCUGUGUGCCUGAUGCUGUGCUAAAAGAGAGGCUCGACCCGGAGACCCUGGAGUCCCUUGGCCUGAUCAAACAGGCACAGCAAUUCAACCAGAAGAUUGUCAAAAUUAAGACCAAGUUAUUUUACAAGCAGCAAAAGUUCAACUUGUUACGGGAGGAGAAUGAAGGCUAUGCUAAGCUUGUGACAGAGCUGGGCCAGGACCUGUCGGGGAACAUCACCAGCCAUCUCGUUCUGGAGAGCAUCAAAUCUUUAAUAGGAUGCUUUAACUUGGACCCAAACCGCGUGCUGGACAUCAUCUUGGAGGUAUAUGAGUGCCGUUCAGACCAGGAUGAGUUCUUCAUCCCUUUAAUCAAGUCCUACAUGUGUGAGCACCAGACCCUGUGCCACAUCCUUGGCUUCAAGUUCAAGUUCCAUCAGGAACCCAAUGGAGAAACACCAUCAUCGUUGUAUCAUGUUGCUGCAGCUCUCCUCCAGCACAACCUCAUUGCCCUGGAGGACCUCUAUGUGCAUCUGCUGCCCCUGGACUCCACCAUCAUCGAGGAACACAAGCGGGAGAUCCUGGAAGCCAAGCAGAUUGCUCGCAAGCUCACCAUGGUGGUGGUUCCCUCAGAAAAGACUGAUGACAAGGAGAAGGAGAAAGAGAAGGAAGAGGAAAAGAAUGAAAAGCCUCCUGAUAACCAGAAGUUGGGCUUGCUGGAGGCUCUGCUCAGGAUUGGUGACUGGCAGCAUGCUCAGAGCAUCAUGGAGCAGAUGCCAUCCUUCUACGCCACCUCGCACAAGGCCAUCGCCAUAGCACUGUGCCAACUACUGCACCUCCUUGUGGAGCCUCUGUACCGCAGGGCCGGAGUCCCCAAGGGUGCCAAAGGCUGCCUGCUGAAGGCGCCACAAAGUGGGCACUCUCCUCCUCCGUCGGAGAGCUUCGAGGACCUAUCCAAGGAUGUCUUCACCAUGCUAGGCUACCUGGGCCCACACCUGUCCCAUGACCCCAUCCUCUUCGCCAAGAUCGUGCGCCUGGGCAAGAGCUUUAUGAAGGAGUACCAAAGUGAAAGCAAGCAAGAAGUCAAGGACAAAAUGGACUCACUGCUCAGCUGCUUCCUCAGUAUGGCUGACCAGGUGCUGCUGCCCGCCCUCACGCUGAUGGAGUGCAACGCCUGCAUGUCUGAGGAACUCUGGGGCUUCUUCAAGCUCUUCCCCUACCAGCACAGAUAUCGGCUCUACGGGCAGUGGAAAAACGAGACAUACGGCAACCACCCGCUACUGGUGAAGGUCAAGGCCCAGACAGUGGACCGAGCCAAAUACAUCAUGAAGCGACUGACGAAGGAGAACGUGAAGCCCUCAGGGAGGCAGAUUGGCAAGUUGAGCCACAGUAACCCUACCAUUCUCUUUGAUUAUAUCCUCUCGCAGAUCCAGUGGUACGACAACCUCAUCACCCCUGUUGUGGACUCUCUAAAAUACCUCACCUCUCUCAACUACGAUGUGCUGGCUUAUUGCAUUAUCGAAGCUCUGGCUAACCCAGAGAAAGAGAAGAUGAAGCACGAUGACACCACUAUAUCAUCUUGGCUUCAAAGUCUUGCCAGCCUUUGUGGAGCUGUUUUCCGGAAGUAUCCCAUCGAGUUGGCUGGCCUGCUGCAGUAUGUGACCAACCAGCUGAAAGCAGGAAAGAGCUUUGACCUGUUGAUCCUGAAGGAGGUGGUGCAGAAGAUGGCAGGGAUUGAGAUCACAGACGAGAUGACCGUGGAGCAGUUGGAGGCCAUGACUGGAGGAGAGCAGCUCAAAGCAGAGGGAGGCUACUUUGGGCAGAUCAGGAACACAAAGAAGUCAUCCCAGCGUUUGAAGGAUGCCCUGCUGGAUCACGAGCUGGCCCUGCCGCUCUGCCUGCUCAUGGCUCAGCAGAGGAAUGGUGUGGUCUUCUCUGAGGGAGGAGAGAAGCACCUGAAGCUAGUGGGCAAGCUCUACGAUCAGUGUCAUGACACCUUGGUGCAGUUCGGUGGCUUCUUGGCAUCCAACCUCAGCACGGAGGACUACAUCAAGCGGGUGCCUUCUGUGGACGUACUCUGUAAUCAGUUCCACACGCCGCACGACGCUGCCUUCUUCCUGUCCCGCCCUAUGUAUGCACACCAGAUUCUGUCCAAGUACGACGAGCUGAAAAAGGCUGAGAAAGGCAACCGACAGCAGCAGAAGGUCCACAAGUACAUUGCUGCAUGCGAGCAGGUGAUGGCGCCUGUGCACGAGGCCGUUGUCUCCCUGCACCUGCCCAAGGUUUGGGAUGAUUUGCGGCCGCAGUUUUACGCCACAUUCUGGUCGCUGACCAUGUACGACCUGGCUGUGCCGCACUCUGCCUACGACCGAGAGGUCAACAAGCUCAAGAUGCAGAUCAAGGCCAUCGACGAGAACACAGAGAUGCCACUGAACAAAAAGAAGAAGGAGAAGGAGCGGUGCACAGCUCUGCAGGACAAACUGCUGGAGGAAGAGAAGAAGCAGCUGGAGCAUGUGCAGAGGGUGCUGCACCGUCUCAAGCUAGAGAAGGACAACUGGUUGCUUGCCAAAUCAACCAAGAACGAGACCAUCACCAAAUUUCUGCAGCUCUGCCUCUUCCCACGCUGCGUCUUCUCAGCCAUCGAUGCUGUCUACUGCGCCCGCUUUGUCGAGCUUGUGCACCAGCAGAAGACACCCAACUUCUGCACCCUGCUCUGCUACGACCGGGUGUUCUCAGACAUAAUCUACACAGUGGCAAGCUGUACAGAGAACGAGUCUCGUCGCUAUGGCCGAUUCCUGUGCUGCAUGCUGGAGACAGUGACACGAUGGCACAGCGAUAAAGCCAUCUAUGAGAAGGAGUGUGGCAAUUACCCUGGGUUCCUUACUAUUUUCCGAGCCAGUGGCUUCGAUGGAGGAAACAAGGCUGAUCAGCUAGACUACGAGAACUUCAGACACGUUGUUCACAAAUGGCAUUAUAAGCUUACUAAAGCCUCCGUGCAUUGCCUGGAGACCGGCGAGUACACGCACAUUCGCAACAUCCUGAUCGUGCUGACCAAGAUCCUGCCCUACUACCCCAAGGUGUUGAACCUGGGCCAGGCGCUGGAGUGCCGUGUGCACAAGAUCUGCCAGGAAGAGAAGGAGAAGAGGCCCGACCUCUAUGCGUUAGCCAUGGGCUACUCUGGCCAGUUGAAAAGCAGGAAAGUGCAUAUGGUUCCCGAGAACGAGUUCCACCACAAGGAGCCGGUGAGCAGUACCAACCCCGGUGGCCUGCAGAACGGCCCUGGCAACUCCGGCAAGCCAGCCACCUCUGCCCCCGCUGCAUCCACCGUCAAGAGCGAGGACGGCGCCGCCGAGGACACGGACAAAUCGAAGGACAAAUCACAGGUGGCACAGAAAACUGCCAGCAAAACCCCAACCAUGGUGAACAAAGCAAGCAGCAGCAAUGGCAGCAGCACGCCUAACAGCACAAAAGGGAGCCGAGAGAAGGAGGACAAAGAGAAGAGUGGGAAGGAGAAGAAGGAGAAAAAGGAGAAGAACCCGGCGAGCACUCCAGAGACCAAGGCAGGAGGGAAGGAGAAGCAGCAGAAGGAGGACAGGGCUGGCAAAGAUGAGAAGGCCGCCGACGGCAAAGAGAAGACGCCCAAGGGUGACAAAGAAAAGAGGAAGGACGACAAGAAGGACGAGAAGGGCAAGGGCGAUGGGAAGGGUGCCGACAAAGAGCCAUCCAAGGAGCGAGACGUGGCCAAGGAGGGCAAGCUCAAGGAAAGUGGCAAGGGAGAGAAGAAUGCCGCAGCCACCUCCCUCAAAUCCCCAGUUCCCAGAUCAGAAGGAGCAGAGUCUGAGCGGGAACAAAAAAGACGAAAGCUCGACACCCACUCUCCACCAUCGCACUCCUCUGCGGUUAAGGACGGUCUCAACGACUUUAAGGAAUCGACCUCCAAGCAUCACGCCAACCACAGCGCAGGCCUGUCCAAGGGUGAGGCCGACAAGAAAGAGUCCGACAAGCCCAGGGAUCGCUCCAAAGAGAGGGAGAAGAAGGAAGACAGGAAAGAACGCAAACGAGAUUACUCAAACAGUGACCGCGAGAUGAGCCAGGAGACCAAGCGCCGCAAAGACGAGAAUGGAACGAACUCCUCCAAGCACAGCAAGAGUGCCAGCCCGCCGGACUCACCCCGCUCCAACGACAAGGACAACAGCAAGCGCUCCAAAUCCACCAGCAAAGACAAGAGUGAUCUGGCAAAAGCCGACAAGACCUCUGGAGGCAAAAAGGAAUCCAGGCAUGACAAAGAAAAAUCAGAAAAAAAGAGAGACAGCACCGGUGCGAAAGAAGACAAAAAACAUCAUAAAUCAUCUGAAAAGCACAGAUAAUGUAUGCUGACAAGAUCAAGAAUUCCCUGUUGUGACCUUUGACGAGCAUGGGGACCUCCAUUCGCCCGAAACUCCUUUUAGCUAUGUCAGCAUCUUCAUUCUUUUUCCCCAUCAGCCUGAGCAGAGGAUUCAUUUGCACCCUAGCCACUUCUCUCUUUCUCUUUCUUUUUUGCCUGUGUCAAUACUUUUGUUGUGUUGCCUAGAAAUAUUGUAGCUUGUAUUUUAACCUGCCAUUUUUUUAUUGUGAUUUUCAGUACUGUGCUGAAAGUUCAUUUCCUUUAAAUUUUAGCACAAUGUGCUGCUGUACUUCACAGAUGGAAAUUAGGAUCUGAAUGAUGUUGCUCUCAAAUUUACUUGCAUUUUUAAUGCCUGUCAAACCCGCCCUUUUUUCUUUCCCCUUUUACCUUUUCAAGCAAUCGAAAAGCAUCUCCACCUCAGUUAGAUUUCCAGUUUAUUUAUUUUUGUCUCCUCCUUUUUAAACCAUAUGUGAUAUUUAGGCUUAGGUGUGUUUGAAGCAGUAAGAAUGGUCUAUUUGUAUAUUAUGUAUACAUUAAAUAAAAUGGUUACUUGUAAUACAUAAUUUCCUGUUACUUUCAUUGCAAAUGUACCUUAAGCUCCUCAUUGUGUGUUAAAUCACGUUUUUAAAAGAUUUGUAUAAAACAAAUGGCAAGUUGGAUUUCUUCAUAAAUAAAUGGACUACAGAAAAUGGAAAGUAUUCAUCUCUUUGAGAACUACUUUUGGAAUUUUUAAUCUGCUUAAGUCUACUGGUGUAUGCUUUUUUCUAAAUAAAGAAGGUUUUCUCAGUGUGUCA